AAAAGAAAAAAAUUGGCCAUCGUUAGGAGGACUCAUCCGACGUCUGAACCGCGGAAUCAUCUAUUUUUGACAAUCGGAAGCUAAUUCUCAGUCAGAAGUUGCUCGCCGCUGCUCAAAACCUCGGCUAUUGGGAGGUCAAGAACUUCCUUUCCUCCCCUUCUUUCCUUUUCGAAGGAUUCCGAUCUGACGAUCUCCGGCGACUUGAAUUCGACCCGCUCUUUCUUUUCUUAAUCUCCAUUUCUGCACCUUCGAUUGAAUUGAAAGAGAGGAUUGUUAGCGUGUAUAAAUAAUACCUGGAACUUUGAACAUGUCGGCUCUGUUCAAUUUUCAUUCCUUUCUGACAGUAAUCCUUCUGGGAAUUUGUACCUGUACCUAUGUGAAGAUGCAUUUUCCAGCCAUUCUUGAGCAAAGAAAUGGGUUCCGUGGCUUCUUUUGGAAAGCAGCCAGAAUAGGUGAACGUUUGAGUCCUUGGGUAGCUGUGGGAUGCUUCUCAAUGGGAGUCUCAAUAAUUUUCUUCUGAGCUAUGCCUAUACUCCCUUGUGGUUUAUUUAGCAUGUUGUGCCUUACAGUCUUAUUUUAGCAAGAGGGUUUUGAAAUUAGAGUUCUGUAGUGACAUGUUUGAAAGUUAUUUAAAUCCAUUAUAAAUACACGAGCAUUCCGUUACAAAUUGUUUUGUUUGCUAUGCAGUCUAAAAAAUGUCGAAAAGGAAGAUAAUUGUUGUGUUACUUUUUCAUUCUUAUCAGAAAACAAAAGAGUUUAUCAUUGUUGGUUGGUCA